AGCACGGGCAGCUCGGGAAGCAGCGGCGACACCGUUGCGCCCCGCCUCCCCCACUCAUUAAUGGCGGCCACUGCAUGGUUGGCUGCGGCACCCAUCUCCCCCAUCAAUGCCGCCACCCACCUCCCCCGUCUACUAAAACGCCAGCCAACCCAAGCUUCCCUCCAUCCACCCCACCCCACCCAACCUCCACCUCAUCACUUAUCCAUCCGUCCGUCCCGCCACCUCACCGCGGCGCCGGCUGCCUCCCGCCCGGCCAGCUCCGCCCCGGGGUUCCUCGAGCUGGAGGUGGCGGUGGAUGACCAGCUCCUGUACCUUUUUCGGGGGAUUGCAGUGUUAGGUUCGAGGUUGGUGAGCGAUCUCGCGACCUCGGGCCUGCGCUUAAGGUGUUCGAUCCAUUGCCGACCAGAGCACACACCUUUCAGGCCUUUUUGGUUUUCUGGAUCGGGUUGCAAGGCAGAGAUCAGAGAUGGUUGGGAGCGUGCACGUCAAUGGAUCGGCGAACGGCGCGAACGGCACCGAGGAUCGGCUGGACGAGCUGCGCCGGCUGCUCGGCAAGUCCGACGGCGACCUGCUCAAGAUCGUUAGCAUCGGCGCCGGUGCCUGGGGAAGCGUCUUUGCAGCCCUCCUGCAGGACGCCUACGGCCACUUCAGGGAGAAGGUGCAGAUACGGGUGUGGCGUCGGCCGGGGCGGGCGGGGGACCGGUCCACCGCCGAGCAUCUGUUCGACGUGAUCAACUCACGGGAGGACGUGCUGAGGCGCCUCAUCCGCCGCUGCGCCUACCUCAAGUACGUCGAGGCGCGGCUGGGUGACCGGACCCUGUACGCCGACGAGAUUCUGAGGGAUGGGUUCUGCUUGAACAUGGUCGACACGCCCCUCUGCCCGUUGAAGGUGGUCACCAACCUGCAGGAAGCUGUCUGGGAUGCUGACAUUGUGGUGAAUGGCCUGCCAUCCACUGAGACGAGGGAGGUGUUUGAGGAGCUCAGCAAGUAUUGGAAGGAGCGGAUCAGCGUUCCGGUUAUCAUUUCCCUUGCAAAGGGGAUAGAAGCCUCCUUGGACCCAAUUCCUCGUAUCAUCACGCCUACACAAAUGAUCAGCUCCGCAGCUGGCGUUCCAACUGAGAAUAUACUCUAUCUUGGAGGCCCAAACAUCGCCUCAGAAAUUUAUAACAAAGAAUAUGCAAAUGCUCGAAUCUGCGGAUCCACCAAGUGGAGGAAACCUCUCGCUAAGUUUUUGAGGCAACCACAUUUCAUUGUUUGGGAUAACAGUGACAUUGUCACUCAUGAGGUUAUGGGCGGACUGAAGAACGUAUAUGCUAUUGGUGCUGGAAUGGUGGCAGCUUUAACAAACGAGAGUGCAACAAGCAAAUCAGUUUAUUUUGCUCACUGCACGUCGGAGAUGAUAUUCAUUACCCAUCUACUGACAGAACAGCCAGAGAAACUUGCUGGCCCUCUGUUGGCUGAUACUUACGUCACUCUCCUGAAAGGUCGCAAUGCAUGGUACGGGCAAAUGCUAGCGAAGGGAGAACUCAGGCUCGAUAUGGGUGACAGUAUCAAGGGAAAGGGGAUGAUUCAGGGUAUUUCUGCUGUUGGUGCAUUUUAUGAGCUGCUCAGUCAACCCAGCUUAAGUGUGCUACACCCAGAGGAAAACAAGCAAGUUGCUCCUGCUGAACUGUGCCCAAUUCUGAAGAGGCUUUAUAGAAUUCUGAUAAAAAGGGAGCUCCCAGUGGGAGACAUCCUCCAAGCCCUGAGGGACGAAACCAUGAACGACCCCCGUGAGAGGAUCGAGAUGGCGCAGAGCCACACAUUCUACCGCCCGUCUCUCCUUGGGAAGCCGUGACCUCGGUAGCCCCGUGUACAUGAUUAGAAUGUAAACAAAAGGCUUGGAUUAGCUCCAACCCUGUCAUGCUUCACAUCAUUAUCGAUUGAGCAAAGGCGUCUCCGGGUUUCUGCUGGCUUGUGUGUUUGGAUCCCAGGCCCCAGCGGCCAUAGUUUGUGGGGUCGUUGGACUGUCAGGUUGUACAAGAGAGUAAUGAUCGAGUCAAUAAUAUGUUGCUACUUGGGCAAUAAACAUGUGGCGUGAACGAGACACAGGUUAUUUGUGUGUUUUUAA